ACAAUCAACAUGGUCACUUCACUCGUCGUCUGCAGUUGUUUGGUCGCUCUCUUGACCAUUGGUUCGGUCAGCACCGAUGGUCAUGUAGAGCCUUACACGGCCGCACUGUUGGCGCUGCUCACUGGCAAUCCGGAAUUCUAUCCGGCUAUAAACCAAUAUCAGAGGAGGAUUCCUCAACAAGGACGACCUUACUAUUCGAACGUCAUCGCCCACUAUCCGCGUUAUUAUCCGGCUUAUCCACCUGAUGCGGAUUUCUUGAGUUAUCCGCAAACGUUUGAUCAACGUAUUGUACAAGAUGAUGAAUCUGAAAUGAAUUCAUUUCGUUCUGGAUCUGCGCCCCGUUUCUUUGGCAAGAAAGUCCCAAUUUCGGGACUCUUAUCGGCACUGAGAGGACCCCCAGGUCCUCCAGGCCCUGCUGGAACUCCAUCACCUCCACCAGGUCCUCCAGGCCCUCCAGGCCCAGCUGGCCCAGCUGGUCCAGCCGGUGCAGUUGGCCCCGCAGGUCCCGCAGGCGCUGAUGGUCCCCCCGGACCUGCCGGCCCAGCAGGCCCUGCAGGUGCUGAUGGCCCUCCUGGCCCUGCUGGACCACCUGGCCCAGCUGGUCCUGCAGGUCCAGCAGGUCCAGCAGGCCCAGCAGGUCCAGCCGGACCUCCAGCUCUUUAAGAAAAAUGUUUUUAAUCAAAUGAAAU